AUGUCCUUCACCGCGGGCACUGGUGCCUUUGGCAACUACGACCUCUCGGCGCAAACAGGCGGUCUGACUCUGAGCAAGACCAGGUCUCGGGACCAGAUGGAGGACGACAGCUCGGCCGCGCCUGCGCCUCGCUCGCGCCGUCCUUCUACCAAAACCACCCCGAACAAUGACACCACUACCACCCUGACCGAGAACGAGAAAAACACGUCCACAACCGGUACAGAAACGCCAGCCGCCAAGGUCGAAGCCAGCAACGAGAAGACCAUCAGCACAGAGAGCGAGACCGACGAUGACGAGGCCGCGGAGGCCCGCCGGGCAGGAAUGGUCCAAGACCUGGCGAGACAGUACACGAACAAGUCCCAUGCCUCGGGCAUCACGGGCGCCAACCCCUUCGCCGAGCACGCAAACGACCCGGACAGCCCACUGAACCCCAACGGCGAAAAGUUCAACGCCCGCGCCUGGGCUCGGAACGUGGUGGAGCUGGUCUCCAGCGAGGGACAUGGCUUCCGCACCAGUGGUAUCGCCUUCCAAAACCUCAACGUCUUCGGCUAUGGAGCCGGCACGGAUUACCAGAAGGAUGUUGCGAACAUCUUGCUAGAUGUUGCCUCCAUGGUGCGUGGAGUUUUCGGCGGUGGCAGGAAGAAGAGGAUCGACAUCUUGCAGAAAUUCGACGGCGUUGUGCACAAGGGCGAGAUGCUCGUUGUGCUGGGCCCUCCCGGAUCAGGCUGCAGUACCUUUUUGAAGACCAUCUCGGGCGAAAUGAACGGUAUCUAUGUUGAGGAUUCUUCCUACUUCAACUAUCAGGGUGUGUCCGCAAAGGAAAUGCACAAGCACCAUCGCGGUGAGGCCAUCUACACCGCCGAAAUCGACGUCCACUUCCCCAUGUUGACUGUCGGCGAUACCCUGACUUUCGCAUCAAGAGCGCGUGCGCCUCGCGAGCUGCCAGGUGGCAUCCCCAAAUCGCUCUUCACGAACCACGUCCGGGAUGUCGUCAUGGCCAUGUUCGGUAUCUCCCACACUAUCAACACCCGCGUCGGAAACGAGUACGUCCGUGGUGUCUCUGGUGGAGAGAGGAAGCGUGUGACCAUCUCUGAGGCCGCUCUUUCGGGGGCUCCGCUGCAAUGCUGGGACAACUCGACUCGAGGACUUGACUCUGCAAACGCUAUUGAGUUUUGCAAGACCUUGAGGCUGCAAUCUGAGCUCUUCGGCAGCACAGCAUGUGUCUCGAUCUACCAGGCCCCGCAAACCGCGUACGACCUGUUUGACAAGGCAGCUGUGUUGUACGAGGGCCGUCAGAUCUUCUUUGGCCCCGCAGGCGAAGCACGACAAUACUUCAUCAACCUUGGUUUCGACUGCCCCGCACGGCAGACAACUCCUGACUUCCUGACCUCCAUGACGAGCCCUCUGGAACGUGUUGUGCGCCCUGGAUUCGAGGAUCGGGCGCCCAGGACACCCGACGAGUUUGCCGCUGCCUGGAGGAACAGCGCUGAGUACAAGAGGCUGCAGACCGAGAUCGAGGAAUACAAGACAGCUCAUCCACUUGAUGGGCCUGAUGCCCAACAGUUCCGCGCCCACAAGCGUGCUCAACAGUCAAAGAGACAGCGCCCCAAGUCACCAUACACCCUGGACUAUUGGCAGCAGGUGGAGCUCUGCCUAUGGCGCGGAUGGAAACGACUUAGUGGCGACCCCGGCUUGACCAUAGGCAUGUUGAUUGGUAACUUCAUCAUGGCUUUGAUCAUCUCCAGUGUCUUCUACAACCUCCAAAUGACGACUUCUAGCUUCUUCCAGCGAGGUGCUCUCCUGUUCUUCGCCUGUCUUAUGAACGCCUUCGCUUCUGCUCUCGAGAUCUUGACACUGUACGCACAACGACCAAUCGUCGAGAAACACGCCCGAUACGCUAUGUACCACCCCUCUGCCGAAGCUAUCUCUUCGAUGUUGUGUGAUCUUCCUUAUAAGGUCUUGAACUCCAUCGUAUUCAACCUCGCACUGUAUUUUAUGACAAACCUGCGACGGGAACCAGGACCUUUCUUCUUCUUCCUGCUCAUCUGUUUUGUCACAACGCUCGCCAUGUCUAUGAUUUUCCGAACCAUUGCGUCUUCAUCGCGAACCCUCUCACAAGCCAUGGUGCCGGCAGCUUUGAUUAUCCUGGAUUUGGUCAUUUUCAGCGGUUUCGUCAUUCCGAUCGAUUACAUGCUGGAUUGGUGCCGCUGGUUGAACUACCUGGACCCCUUGGCCUAUGCAUUCGAAGCUUUGAUGGUGAAUGAGUUCCACAACCGCGAUUAUACUUGCACCCAGUAUGUACCGAACGCCGAAGUCCCGGGAUACGGCAACGUGGGACCUGAAAACCGUGUCUGUUCCGCUGUCGGCUCCAAGGUGGGCCAGAGCUUUGUGAAUGGUGACGACUACAUCAACCAGUCAUUCAAGUACUACGCAGCUCACAAGUGGCGCAACUUCGGUAUUGUCAUCGCUUUUACCCUGUUUUUCCUCAUCACCUACAUGAUCGCGGCCGAGCUUGUCUCCGAGAAGAAGUCCAAGGGUGAAGUGCUGGUUUUCCGCCGCGGUCACAAGCCUGCUGCCUUCAAAGAGCAAAAGGACGAUCCCGAGGGAGGCAAGACUGUUGGGACAUCCACUAUUGUUGCCCGUAACGACCCCAGCGACUCCGACAAGGAGGCUGGCUUUAUCGAACGACAAACUAGUGUGUUCCACUGGAAGGAUGUGUGCUAUGAGGUCAAGAUCAAGAACGAAACUAGGCAAAUUCUGGAUCAUGUCGACGGCUGGGUCAAGCCUGGCACGCUCACGGCUCUGAUGGGAGUGUCUGGCGCUGGUAAGACGACGCUUCUCGACUGCUUGGCCGAUCGAACCUCAAUGGGUGUCAUUACUGGCGAAAUGCUUGUUGACGGACACCCUCGCGAUAAUUCCUUCCAGCGCAAGACCGGCUAUGUCCAGCAACAGGAUCUUCAUCUUCAGACCACCACUGUCCGCGAGGCCCUGAACUUCAGUGCUCUGCUUCGUCAACCUGCUCAUAUCUCUCGCGAAGAGAAGCUCGCCUAUGUGGACGAAGUCAUCAAGCUCCUCGAUAUGCACGACUACGCAGAUGCUGUUGUUGGUGUCCCUGGCGAAGGUCUCAAUGUCGAACAACGAAAGCGCUUGACCAUCGGUGUUGAGCUUGCGGCUAAGCCACCAUUGCUGCUAUUUGUUGACGAACCUACCUCCGGUCUUGACUCUCAAACAUCUUGGGCUAUCUUGGAUCUCCUGGAAAAGCUUACCAAGAGUGGCCAAGCCAUUCUUUGCACGAUCCACCAGCCUUCUGCUAUGCUCUUCCAGCGCUUUGAUCGCCUGCUCUUCCUUCAGAAGGGUGGCAAGACUGUCUACUUCGGCGAAAUCGGCGAGAACUCCAAGACGAUGACCUCCUACUUUGAGCGCAAUGGCGCACACCAUUGCCCACCCGAAGCCAACCCUGCCGAAUGGAUGUUGGAGGCAAUUGGUGCUGCUCCUGGCUCACACACUGACGUCGAUUGGUUCAAGACCUGGAAGGAAAGCCCCGAAUGUUCCGACGUCCACAAGGAAUUGCAAAGACUGGUUGACGAGGGCGACAAGACUGACGCAGCAUCCAGUCCGGUUCACGACAAGACCAGCUACCAGGAGUUCGCCGCGCCCUUCGGCAAGCAACUUCAAGAGGUCGUUCUUCGUGUUUUCCAGCAGUACUGGCGCACUCCAUCCUACAUCUAUUCUAAGGCUGCACUCUGUACUGGUAUCUCGCUCUUCAUUGGUCUUGUCUUCCUCAACGCUCCGAAUACGCUUCAGGGUCUGCAAAACCAGAUGUUCGCCAUCUUCAACAUCCUGACAAUCUUUGGCCAGCUCACUCAACAGCAAAUGCCUCACUUCGUCGUCCAACGGUCACUAUACGAAGUCCGUGAGCGUCCAUCCAAGGUCUACAGCUGGAAGGUCUUCAUGCUCUCGCAAAUCAUAGUCGAGCUGCCUUGGAACUCGCUAAUGGCUGUCAUCAUGUUUGUCUGCUGGUACUACCCUGUUGGCCUCUACCGCAACGCCGAGCUGGCGGAUCAGGUCCACGAGCGUGGCGCCCUCGUCUUCCUGUUCCUCCUCGCCUUCAUGCUCUUCACCUCAACCUUCACGGACCUGGUAAUCGCUGGCUUCGAGACGGCCGAGGCAGGUGGAAACAUUGCCAACCUGCUUUUCAUGCUGUGCCUGAUCUUCUGCGGUGUUCUCGCCAACCCGAGCACGUUCCCCAAGUUCUGGAUCUUCAUGUACCGCGUAUCGCCGUUCACUUACCUGGUGGGCGGCAUGCUGUCGGCAUCGGUGGCCAACACAAAUGUCGAGUGCGCCUCCAACGAGCUGCUCACUUUCCAGCCCCUCGACGGCCAGACCUGUUAUCAGUACCUCGAGAACUACAUGACUGUGGCCGGCGGUUACCUCACCAACAACAACGCCACUUCCGACUGCAGCUUCUGCACCGUCUCCGACACCAACACCUUCCUCGCGGGCGUCGGGACCUACUACUCGCAACGCUGGAGGAACUUCGGCAUCCUCUGGGCCUACAUCAUCUUCAACGUCUUCGCCGCUCUGGGUGUCUACUACCUCGCCCGUGUGCCCAAGGGGAAGAAGGUGGAGAAGGCCAAGAAGGAGUAA